AUGAAAUAUGAAGUCAUCAGGCAAUUUUCCAAGAAUUACCUGGAAAAUUACUACGGCUUUAAGAAAGAUGAGGAGUCUUUCAUCUGGAAAAGUAAUAGUCCAAUAACCAAAAAAAUAAAAGAAAUGCAGAAAUUCCUUGGGCUGGAAGUGACAGGGAAACCAGAUUCUGGCACUUUGGACCUAGUAUAGAAACGUCGCUCUGGAUUCCGUGAUGUAGCUGGAUUCUCCACCUUUGCAGGAGAGCCAAAAUGGGCAAAACAAGUUCUGACAUACAGAUUACUAAACUCUACACCUGACCUUCACCCAGCAGAUGUCAAUGCAGCAAUCAAGAAAGCAUUCAGCAUUUGGAGCAGUGUGACCCCACUGAAAUUCGUCACGAAGGACAGAGGUGAUGCAGACAUAAUGAUCUCCUUUGCAGCUGGAGGUCACAAUGAUUUCCUCCCCUUUGAUGGCCCAGGAGGGUCUGUUGCUCAUGCCUAUGCACCCGGAAAGGACCUUGGUGGAGAUGCACAUUUCGACAAGGAUGAAACCUGGAUCAAAAGCACAGAGGGUACGAACCUGUUUUAUGUGGCUGCCCAUGAGUUUGGACAUUCACUUGGACUUUUCCAUUCCAAAGACCCCAAUGCUCUGAUGUACCCAGUUUAUAGGAAAUUUGACCCUUCAGUAUUCCCUCUUCAUCAGGAUGAUAUUAAGGGCAUUCAGUACCUCUAUGGACCUUCUACUACCUACAAUGACCAAAGUGAGUCUGCUGAGAUAAAGGACCCAACUGAGUCAAAAGAGCCUGCAUUGCCAAACACCUGUAGCCCUGAUUUAACUUUUGAUGCUGUCACCACUUUCCGUGGGGAAACAAUGUUUUUUAAAGACACCCUGUACUAUAUUUACAUCAGGCAUUUUUGGCACAAACAUCCUGCAGUAAGAGAAGUUGAUUUUCAUUUUGUAUCUUCAUUCUGGCCAUGGCUGCCCUCUGGUGUUGAUGCUGCAUAUGAAAUCCCUGAAAAAGAUGAAACUCACCUUUUUAAAGGAACUGAAUUCUGGGUUGUGAGAGGAGAUACCAUAUUACGUGGAUACCCCAAAAAACUCUACAUCCUGAGAUUUUCAAAGGAUGUUGCCAAAAUUGAUGCUGGUUUUUACAGUAGAAAUAAGGGGAAAACAUAUUACUUCAUAGGGGACAGAUUUUGGAGUUAUAAUCAAAGAAAUGAGUCCAUGGACAGGAAGCCCAGACUGAUAAAAGAUGCAUUUCCAGGAAUUAAUGGGAAAGUUGAUGCUGUUUUUCAACAUGAAAACAUCCUUUAUUUCUUUCAUAGAAGAAAGCAAUUCGAGUUUGACUUUGAUAAGAAGAGAGUUACACGCCUCCUAAAGACAAACUUCUGGUUUCCAUGUUAGGAAAACAGAAUCUACAGUGGUGUAGGAGAUAAUGCAGUCUUAUUGCACUGGAAACACUUUUUCUUUUACAGUUAUACGGAACAUAUAGGUGCCUCAGAGUCAGUCAUCACACCUCAGCCCCUGCAUUUUCAUUGCGUGUUUCCGUAAUUAACAAAAGAACAGUAUUUACAAUACUACGGUGUGUGUAUAUAUAUA